UACGACCUCAUUUGCAUGCACACUCUACAAUUACACUUUGGUUGUAAAUGCAAAUAUGGCCAAGUCCCAACUCACAUCUACCAUUUUAUCAGCUCUCUUCUUCUUCUGCAUGCUUCUCAUUGCAUCCCACGAAAUGAAAGUAGCCGAAGGUGCAGUGAGACUGUGCGGCAGACUGAGCCAGACAUGGACGGGGUUCUGCGGGAACACGGGUGGCUGCAACGAGCAGUGCCGGAGUUGGGAGAGGGCUCAGUCUGGAGCUUGCCAUCGGAGGGGCCUCAUCGGUUUCGCCUGCUUUUGCUACUUCAACUGCUAGCUCUGCCUCUGCCUCUGCAUUCUCUUCCUUUGCCUACGCUCAUCCAACCCGCCGCCGCCCCCCCCCCAAACACACACACAUAUAUAUAAAAUAUA